ACUCAAGUCAGCUUCAGCAUUCAACGUUAUCCAUAACUCUGUGAAAAUCACAAGGAGUAGAAGAAAAUGCAUCAUAUGAGAAGCAACAAGAGUGGUUUAUUGACGAGAGUCUUAGUGGGCACCAUCCCCAGUAUGGACUCGGUUCUUCCUCUUUGCCUCAACUCUGCUGCUGCUAAAUUUACUGCUAACCCACUCAAUACAAAGGCAGAAGAUGGAGAUGGAGAUGAAAGGGAGUCAUCUUUUGCACCCAAAAGUGGCGGUGCAGAAUACGGUGAAGUGCAGGAAAAGAGUGAGAAUGUAGCAGAGGAGAUGGAGAAGAAAUGGAAGUUGAAGGAAGAGGAAAAUGGGGAUGAUAUGAUAACAUUCAAGGACAUUGGGUUUGAUAUCUCUAAGAUAUCUCACCCUGACGGUGAUGAAUGAGUGCAUGCCAAAUUAUAUUGUUUUCUUCAAUACAAAACAUGUGCAUAAUCUUGCUUCUUCUUACUUGUUAUGUGUCUCUGGUGCAACCAGAGUGGAUGAGAUUCUUGACGCAGAGGAAAUUCCAUUACUAGCUGAAGUUUGUUGCCCCACAUAUUAACUCUGUGUUCUUCUUUUGGAGUAUUUGGUGGCUUUACAAUAAAUUCAGAGAAGAAGACCCAGUUGGCACUUUUCUUUUCUGUUUUUUAUAAAUAUCCAAUUGACACCUUUAUUGGCAGGUUUUCUAUGCUUUAUUUUCCCUUUUUUACUUGCAGUAAUAAUGUAUGUUGAAACCCAUUCAUGGGGUAAGUGCGAACUUAUGUAUAUGGAAUGAUGUUUCUUGGA